GUCACUUUUCAUGUUUAAUCACAAUUUUGUGAAAAUAAUUUCAAUUUUUAUAUCAAUAAAAACUAUUCGAAUUGAAAUAGAAGUGAGUGUUUAAUAAAAUUAAUCAUGUCUAGUUUACGCAUGCAAAUCGAUAAGAAGAAAGCUCAGGAAGAAAUGCGUAAAUUAAUGGCUGAACGCCGUAAAAAGGAUCAGAAACCUGUUAAAAUUGACAACCCACUUGCAAAGUACAAUAAUGCAGGGCAACUCAUGUGCGUGCUUUGCUCAUCAGUAGUCAGAUCAGAACAAGUGUGGCCAGUUCAUAUAAACAGUAAACAACACCGUGAAAAUGUGAAUAAAGCAAAACAACUCAAAGAGUUAACCAACAACUUUACUGUUGGAAAACUAAAACAUAAGAGUUCCAGCCCACCAAAAGAUGCUCCAGAAGAGAAAAAGAUAAAGGGUAUAUUAAAAAAUGCACCUCCACCGAAGCCAGUGGUUGUAGAAAAGCCUAAAAACAAUGUCCCUCAAAUUGUCACAUUUCACAAUGAAGAAAUUAAAAGGAAACCAUUAAAUCCUGCUAUUCUAGCAGCUAUUGCUAAAGAUGAGCAGUCUUCAUCUAGUAAACAAGAACAAGACUCAAAAACACAACCAAUUGUUGAACAGCCUAUUCCUGAAGGAUUUUUUGAUGAUCCAAUACAAGAUGCUAAAGUCAGAAAUAUUGAAUACAAAGAUCCUGUCGAAGAGGAAUGGGAAAAGUUUCGUAAAGAGAUAAAAGAAGAAGCAACUGCUUCUGCUGAAAUCAUAGCUGGUGAACAAGAAGAAGCUACAACUGAGCGGCAGAUUGAUGAAAUUGAUGAACAGAUCAGGAACUGGUCAAGGGUUUUGGACUUGGAAUUAAAAAAAGAAGAAACAAAGAAAAAGACUCAUGACAUAGAACAAAUGGAUGAAGAUGAACACAAUGACUCAGAAAAUGAAGAAGAUAUUGAUGAAUUUCUGGACUGGCGGGCAAAAAAGUCAUAUUCAUAAUCAAUAAGAACUUCUGUAAAUUAUAUAAUUUUAAUAGUUUGUUAA